CUAACUGUCUCUUCCGGGCGCACACUCGGCAGCUGGCUGCUAUACAGCUCCUCCCUCCUGUGUGGUGGCUUUCCCGACCAAAGAUCCUUGGACGUGAACAGUUUUGCUGAGGAGCACUUUUCUUCCCCCCAAACAAGCAGACGGACAAAAGAGGCGUCAGUUAUUCCAUAUCGACCUGAAAGAAGGGAGUUGAGGUGUCGGAUAAGGUCUCCUACGGUCCCUCACCCCCCAAAUCUCUGUCAGCGAUGGAGACUUGGGCUGGCUCCUGCCCAGGCUUGCACUUAUCUCUGGGUAUCUGGCUGAUGAUAGCCGCUCAUACCAUACAAAAUGCCAAGGCGGAGAUAACGUGCGCAUCUUGCCCGUCGCCACUUCAACUAAACCUGGAGGAAUUACAACUGGGGAUGCGCACUGACCCGACAGAUGAGCCAGGAACGCUUAGAAACAUCAGAGUAGAGUUUGGGGAAGUCGGGCUUACCGACCAAAAUGCUGGAGUUGAAAACGACGAUGAGACAGGCGUUUCUGCCGAGGAUGUCCCCCGGUCCCCCCAAUAUGUCAGUUUGGAUAGAGUAGGUGCAAAGGAGGACGCGCUGGGCUCCAUGGAAGAAAGUAACAGAGGCAGUAGUAAGGAAGGAGAGCCCGGUAAGGGUGAGGAUGUUGCGCUCCGGAGAGUGAAGAGAAGCGGUCCUGAGUUUUCUGAGUUAAGCGCGAACGGGUGGACCGGCGUUGAUGCGGGCGCACCGGAGGAUCGAGGCACGCUGUUGGACGGACUCAGCAAAGGCAGGUCCGAGUUUAGAUGGAACAGGGACGAAAGGAGAGGGAAUAACAAGCAGGAUGAGCCAAAGCUCACCAGCAGCACUUUCGCUCUGACAGGGGACUCUGCCCAUAACCAUGCGGUGGUCUACUGGUCAGGGCAGAACAGCAGCGUGAUCCUGAUUCUAACCAAGCUGUACGACUUCCAUAUUGGCAGCGUCACUGAAAGCACUCUUUGGAGAUCGACUGACUAUGGCUCCACAUAUGAGAGGAUGAAUGACAAAGUUGGAUCCAAGACUGUCCUGAGUUACCUGUAUGUCUGCCCAACUAACAAGAGAAAGAUUAUGGUGUUGACAGAUCCUGAGUUUGAGAGCAGUGUGCUCAUCAGCUCUGAUGAAGGGGCCAGUUUCCAGAAGUACCGUCUCACCUUCUUUGUGCUCAGCCUUUUAUUCCAUCCCACAGAGGAGGACUGGGCCUUGGCCUACAGUCACGACCAGAAGCUGUACAGCUCUGUUGACUUUGGAAGAAAAUGGCAGCUCAUCCACGAACACGUCACUCCAAACAGAUUCUACUGGUCUGUCUCGGGCCUAGACAAAGAGCAAGAUCUGGUCCACAUGGAGGCUCAUACACCAGAUGGAAAUGUGCAGUAUGUCACAUGCAGAGCACAGACGUGCACAGAAGCUAACAGGAACUACCCAUUCCAAGGAUACAUUGACAUCAGCUCUUUGGUGGUUCAAGAUGACUACAUAUUCCUUCAGGUUCCAACGUCAGGACGUGCCACCUAUUAUGUGUCCUACAAGAGAGAGUCGUUUAUACAAACCAAACUCCCCAAAUACUCCCUACCUAAGGAUUUACACAUUGUCAGCACUGAUGAGAAGCAAGUGUUUGCGGCGGUGCAGGAGUGGAACCAGAACGACACCUAUAACCUCUACCUGUCUGACACCAGAGGGAUCUACUUCACCUUGGCCAUGGAAAAUGUCAAGACCACGAGGGGAAUCGGAGGAAACCAGAUGCUGGACCUGUAUGAGGUGGCAGGAAUCAAAGGCAUGCUGAUCGCUAACAAGAAGCAAGACAAUCAGGUGAAGACGUUCAUCACCUACAAUAAAGGCCGGGACUGGAGACUUCUGCAGGCUCCCACAAGUGACCUGGAUGGGAAUGACAUUCACUGUAUACUGCCUUUCUGUUCACUUCACCUCCAGCUGCAAACAUCGGAGAACCCGUACCUGUCAGGAACAAUCUCCACCAAGAACUCUGCACCGGGGAUAAUAAUCGCCACAGGAAAUAUUGGAGCCGAGCUGUCCUACAACAAUGUUGGCAUGUACAUAUCAUCUGACGCUGGCAAUAGCUGGAGACAGAUAUUUGAAGAGGAGCACAACGUGUGGUUUCUGGACAAAGGAGGGGCCCUCGUUGCAGUCAAGCAGCCAUCUGUGCCAACCAGACACUUGUGGAUCAGCUUUGACGAGGGAAGGCAGUGGACCCAGCACAGCUUCUCCGCGGUGCCUCUGUUCGUGGAUGGAGUCUUGGUGGAGGCCGGCGCCGAGAAUCAGAUCAUGACCUUUUUUGGACACUUCAGCCACCGCUCUGAAUGGCAGCUCAUCAAGAUCGAUUACAAAUCCAUCUACAGCAGGAAAUGUACAGAAGAGGACUAUCAAACCUGGCACCUGCACAACCAGGGCGAGCCAUGCGUGAUGGGACAGAAACAAAUCUACAUGAAGCGCAGGCCUGGAAACUACUGCAUGCUAGGAAGAGACUACUCCAGAAUCCUCUCAGCUGAGUCGUGUAUUUGCCGAGCUCAUGACUUUGAAUGUGAUUAUGGGUAUGAGCGGCGCGGAGAUGGGAACUGCAGGCCGUCCUUCUGGUUCAAUCCAUCCACUGUCUCCAGGAGCUGCAGCCAAGGCCAAAACUACUUCAACAGCACAGGGUACCGUAAAGUGGUGUUGAACAACUGUACAAAAGGUGUCAAAGAAAUGUACACAGCCAGAAAACAGCAAUGCCCCAACAGACCUCCAAAAGGACUCUCACUUACUACAAGAGAUGGCAAACUCACCGCCCACCUAGGCAACAACGUGACCUUCUUGGUACACCUGGAUGAGGGUGACUCUUUGCGGACCAACAUCCAGUUGGAUUUCGGCGACGGCACAGCUGUGUCCUACUCCAACCUGAGCUGGACCGAGGAGGGAAUCAAACAUGUCUACAAGUCUGCGGGAAUAUUUCGUGUCACAGCGCUGGCAGAGAACACGCUGGGUUAUGACAGCACGACACUCUUCCUGCAUGUCACAUGUCCAGUGGAACAUGUCCAGCUUCUUGCUCCCUUUGUGGCCAUACGGAACAAGGAAGUGAACAUCACAGCCGUAGUCUUACCCAACCACUCUCGUACUGUCACGUACUUCUGGUGGCUAGGCAACAAUACUGAGCCGGCGAUAACGUUGGACGGGAGUAUCUCAUAUACCUUCCCAAGUGAGGGAAUGCACACCAUUACGGUGCAAGUGGCUGCAGCUGACACCAUACUGCAGGAUACCAAGACCAUAGCAGUAAAAGAAUUCUUAAAAUCUCUACUUUUAUCUUUCUCCCCUAAUCUGGACGAGUUCAACCCUGACAUACCCGAGUGGAGACAGGAUGUGGGGAGGGUAAUUAAGAAAGCUCUGCUCCAAGUUUCUGACUUCCCAGAGGAGCAGCUCUUGGUCGCCGUGUUCCCAGGAGUUCCUACAGCUGCUGAACUCUUCCUGUUACCUCACAAGAACCAAUCAGAGGCCAAGAAAAAGAAAGAGGAAGAACUAGAGCAGGUUUCUGAUAUAAUUGUUACUGCGCUGAACCAGAAUCUGGUGGAGUUUGAGCUCAAGCCUGGUGUGAGGGUGAUUGUGUACAACACACAGUUAACGCUGGCACCCUUGGUGGACUCCAACCCAAGACACAGCAGCUCAGCCAUGCUCAUGCUCCUAUCGGUGGUGUUUCUGGGCCUAGCAGUGUUCCUCAUCUACAAAUUCAAGAGAAAAAUACCCUGGAUCAACAUAUACGCUGAGGUGAACCAGGAGAAAGAGCAGGAGAUGAUCGGCUCAGUGGGCCAGGGUGACAGCACGCCUAAAAUCACUCUGAGCGAGUUCUCCACAUCCAAAGAACUCAUGGAGAAGGAACUGGAAGCCAGGAUCAAAAGGGGAGUUGGAAAUGCCUGCGAGAGCACAAGGGAGAUUCCAAACUGUACUAGCGUGUGAAGCUGGGGAGCAACAGUUCAUGUACAGAGCAAAGCAUUACUGUGUCGAGGGUUCUCUUUUUCUGUUUUGUAAUUCUCAACACAACUGAUGUUAAUAGUUUUCUAAGGGACCUCAUUUAUACAGACUUGCACGGAUGCCGCGUCCAACAACAUCCAUGCUGCAAAUGUCAAUUUACUCGAUGAGAUCAUUGUAAGUACUGGAGAAACGUAUUCUGUUUUGUGGAUGUAUAAGCUACAUGACAACAUUAAUUUGCAGAGUGAAAUAUCUUUGUCAAAACAUAUGAAGAGUUCUGUAAAUUUCCUAAGGAGUUUGCUUUGAAUAUCAUUUCUGCCUAUAUAUAGACUAUAAUGUCUGAGUCUUCAGUCAAACAGGGAAUAUUAUUAAUGUACAAUAUUAUCAUCUGUUCUGUUAAAUGUAUAUAUUAUUACUUUCUACAUGCUCGUAGUCUAAGUACCAUGGCGAUGACAGAAGAUCUGACAAUGGUCUGUUUUUGAAAGUGUGUUUAAAAGUCAGACAUUACUUCAAAAAAAACUUUGUUUUGCUAAGGUCCUUGACUUGUGCAUGUUCUUAUUGAGGACACGAUUUCUGUGUUGUAGAUAAGCAAGUGUUGUAUAUAGUUAUUUUCUAAUCAUUCAUCAAAAGAGCCCUACUGAUUCUGCCCAGACUUCUGUUUUGCUUUGAUUUUCUUCGGUGACUGUUGGGCAAUAUGUAUCUAGCAGAAAAAAGAUCAACAUGAACAUGAUCAUGUUUAAUAUGUUUAUAUUUUCAUUAAACAUAUACGAUAGAUA